AAGCUUCCAUGUGAGAUUCGAAUGUUCAGUGGUCUCCAGAUGCCACUUCUCAUCCGUAUAUAUAACAUAUAAUAUUCUGUUUACACGUUCGGAAAACCCUUUUUUUCCCCGCAUUAGGAUAGGGUUUGGAUUCUUUCGAACUGCCAAUUCGAUUAAAGCCAUCUCGUUUUUCCAUUCGAAAUCAAGACUCCAAUCAUUGUACCCAGAAAGAAAGAUUGAUUCAAUCUUUAAUUGAAGAAAUUGCUGGCAUUUGAUGGGUAAAGGCGGAGGCUGUGUGCCCAGCAAGAAAAAGUCGGUUCUCGGAGUCACAUCCGAUCGUGAGGCGCCAAACCCGGCCAGCGAUGACGCCGCCGAUCGAGUCUCCGGCACUGAUCCGGCUGCGACGAAUCAAGACGGCGCUCCGCCGGCGGCGGACAAGGAGAAUCUGAGGAUAUUCAUCGUCUUCUAUUCAAUGUAUGGCCACGUGGAAGGUUUGGCGAGGAGGAUGAAGAAAGGGGUCGAUGGGAUUGACGGCGUCGAAGGGGUGUUGUUCAGGGUUCCGGAGACGCUGCCGCCUGAGGUUCUGGAGCAGAUGAAGGUGCCGGCGAAAGGGGACGACAUUCCGGUUAUAUCUGUGGAGGACUUGCCGGAGGCCGAUGGGUUUUUGUUUGGGUUUCCGACGAGGUUUGGGUGUAUGGCGGCUCAGAUGAAGGCGUUUUUCGAUUCGACGGGGGGGCUGUGGAGAGAUCAGAAGCUCGCCGGAGUGCCGGCGGGGUUCUUUGUGAGCACCGGAACGCAGGGCGGUGGCCAAGAGACUACAGCUUGGACAGCAAUCACUCAAUUAGCACAUCAUGGAAUGCUCUAUGUUCCAAUUGGAUAUACUUUCGGAGCUGGAAUGUUCAAAUUGGACUCAAUUAGGGGAGGCUCGCCUUAUGGGGCGGGAGUUUAUUCUGGAGAUGGCACCAGGGAACCGAGCGAAACAGAACUGGCCCUUGCAGAACAUCAGGGCAGGUACAUGGCUUUGCUGGUUAAGAAGUUUGCCGAGCCUUGUUUACUUGCACCUGGAAACAGCAUUAGAGAGCCCCAUUGAACCAAUUUCUUUGUUCAUUGAAUAUAAUAUAUCUUCCUGUGUGUAUGGCAUUCAGAAAUCAUGUGUUGGGUAGAGUUCAGAUAGCCAAGUAGUCUAUUCCUUAUUCAGUUUGAUCUUCCUUAUUCUCUCCAUUCUUCUCAAUAGUAUCGUGGACAGGAGUGUAAAUGUCUGUUAUUCGUCGAUCUGGAAGUGUAAUAUUCACAAAUAAAGUUGAGUUGCUUUCUGUUGUACAAUUUGCAAAUAAAUCUCUUACUGGAUAUAUGUUUUUAUGCUCA